UUGUUAUCUAGACUUCCCCAAAUCAAAUUUUCGAAUUAUCAAUCGUUAUCGGAGAUAAGCAGCGAAUUUAUUAUACGUCUAUAAAACAAAAUAAAUGAUUAAGAUAUAACUUAGUUAAAAAAUAUUGGGUCCUACAUUUCUGAUUCAUUCUGCCUAAAAAUAUGCUUUGCAGCGACAGUUGCUAAAAGAAAUAUAUUUUAAAGACCUUUAAACAUCGAUUAAACUAUUAUUUCUUUCGUAUCGAUAUAUAAAUGAUUUAAUACAUCUGGCAACUCAGCGGCUUAGUAAACAAAAUAGUAAACAAACAGGAGUUUUGAAGUAUUCCAUGGAUUCUGAGUUAUUAAAGCUGUCGAAACUGCUUCCCCGUUGGGUGGAUAUAGAAAGUGUUGUUCAAAAUGAAAUUGAGGCUCGUUAUAUACUUAAAAAGACUAUUGAUUUCAUGGAGAAACUAAAUUCUAGAGGAGAUUCCCAGGAAGAGGAGACAAGAUACCUCAUAGAUGCCCUGGUGGACAGGAAUUGGGAACGCAUUCACACAGGACACUUUAGCAAAGUACCUUUGAGUACAAGGAAGAUAUAUGCCAUAGGUUGUUAUUUCAAGAUUUUUUUCCUACUCCUGGAGAGCACGAGUCCUGCCCAAAAGGAGCUAUGCAGUGGGAUCCUGGAUGAGGCCCAACUUUUGGGUUGCACGGAGGAUUGGAGUGAACUGAAAGCGUCCUUAAUGGAUUACCUAGAUAAGAGUUUGGGGGGUUCCGGAACUCUGCCCAUUUUGGAACCACUAAAACGAAUUUCCUGUACCUGUGAUGUACCCCAAUUAGAAGCGCCCAGCUUAAAAGAAUUUCAAACAAAGUGCUUUCAAGCAGGACAACCUACGCUUCUUUUAAACACCAUCCAACAUUGGCCUGCUCUGAUUAAAUGGUUGGAUCUCAAUUACCUUCUCCAAGUGGCCGGAAAUCGCACGGUGCCCAUCGAAAUAGGAUCCAACUAUGCCAGUGAAGAGUGGUCCCAGCAGCUGGUGAAGAUUUGCGAUUUCCUGAGCAGGCAAUUUGCAGGAGAUAAAUCCAAUCAGGAGAUUGAGUAUCUCGCCCAGCACGAGCUCUUCUCCCAGAUCCCAGCUCUCAAGAAAGAUAUAUCCAUUCCCGACUACUGUUCCAUUAGCAACGAGGAUCCUCCGGGAGAUGUGGACAUCAAAGCCUGGCUGGGACCAGCGGGAACCAUAUCACCCAUGCACUACGAUCCCAAACACAAUAUAUUGUGCCAAGUUUUUGGUUCUAAAAGAAUUAUACUAGCUGCUCCUGCAGAUACAGACAACCUAUAUCCCCACGAAAGCGAAUUCUUGAGCAAUACCUCUCGUAUAGAUGCUGCCCAUUUGGAUCUGGAUACCUAUCCGCUGCUGGAAAGAGUCAAGUUCUACGAGUUGCUCCUUCAACCUGGCGACUGUUUGUACAUGCCACCCAAAUGGUGGCAUUACGUGAGAUCUGAGGCCCCCAGCUUCUCUGUCAGCUUUUGGUGGGAGUAAUAUUGGAUAUGAUUCAAUAUCUAUGAUUUGAAACAUAUAAUUCAAAUUAAUUGAUGAUAAUAUUAUGAUUCAAAAAGCAGAGGUUCAAGAAUAGUAGUAAUAGUAGUCUUGUCUCUUUAUCACUUUCAUUAUAGAAAAAAUGUUUUACUGUUUAGCAUAAAAUACUUUUUUUUUAAUAUUUAUAAGCCAUAUUAAAAGUCUACUACAAGGAAUAUAAUCCAUUAUUAACAAGAACGACUGUAAAAUGCCCAGAUAAAUAUUUAGAUUUGGCAUAUAAAACCAAAUUUUAUAAGCUUUAAAUAUAAUAUUAUCGUUUAAUUUUCCAUAUUAAAAUGCCUAGAUAAGAUGCCUCAUUAUCAUUUCAUUUGCUGAACUAAUUUUAAUUGUCACUUAUUCGUAAUUUUCAACAAAAUAUUGUGCAAUAGUGCAAUGCUAUAUAGUUCCGAUUUCCGAGCGAACAUUGAUCGCCAGCUGGACAAACAGGUUGCCGUUUGACGUCAUUAAAAUGAAUAAACCAGCGAUUGGUAAAUCAGACAUGAUGUGGACUAUCAGCCCAAAGAUGAAUCAUCGAAUCUACCAAAACUGG